AUGUCCACCACGGAAGAAGCCGCUGGUGGCUACGGCUACGACCGUCUGUGCGUGCUGAAGGCGUUCGACGACACCAAGGCCGGCGGCAAGGGCCUCGUGGACGCCGGCGUCACGACCGUCCCUGCCAUCUUCCGCCACCACCGCCAGGACAGGCCGCCGGUAUCGCCCUCUAGCAGUAGCGGCAUCACUAUUAGCGUUAUCCCGGUCAUCGACCUCUCGGUGGCGUCGGCGGCGGACGCAGCCGCGCGGGCGGAGGUGGUCGCGCAGGUGAAGGCCGCGGCCGAAACAGUGGGGUUCUUCCAGCUGGAAGAGGCGUGGAAGGAAGCGACGGCCACGGCGAAGGCGUCGGCGUCGUUGGAGGGGGGUGACCACGCCGACGUCCUGACGAAGAGGAACAGUAAGAAGCAUGAAUUGCCGGUGACGAAGCCUGCGGCGGUGGAGGAGUCCUAG